AUGGGGACUGUGAAUAGCUGUCACAAUGAAGCUAGAAUACAGUUUGAGGCUUUUCAAGAUCAAAGGCAUAGUGUGGGGAAUAUUUUACGAGUACAUAGUCGCGAUAUGGAAAUUGAUUAUCGCACUCGUUUAACAGCAAUGUUGGAUGUGACACGCUUUCUAUUGAAGCAAGGGUUACCUUUUCGAGGACACGAUGAGUCAACUAGUUCUUCAAAUAGAGAGAUCACACUUUCUAUAAUUAAUGAUAUUGGAGAUAAAUUUUUUUCUUUGAUGGUUGAUGAGGCUCGGGAUAGUUCAGUGAAGGAGCAUAUGGGAGUUGUUUUGAGGUAUGUGAAUAAAGAAGGAUGUGUGAUUGAACGAUUUCUUGCGGUUGUGCAUGUGCCUGACACUAGUUCUCAUUCUUUGAAAAUGGCUAUUGAUGCUUUAUUUGUGCAACAUGGUUUAUCAUUAUCUAGAUUGAGAGGCCAAGGAUAUGAUGGAGCUUCAAAUAUGCGUGGCGAGUUUAAUGGAUUGAAAUCCCUGAUACUACAAGAAAAUCCAUUUGCAAUGUAUGUUCAUUGUUUCUCUCAUCAACUCCAAUUAGUUCUUGUUGCUGUUGCCCAUGACAAUUUUACUGUGAGUGAAUUUUUUGGGUAUAUAACCAUGAUUGUGAAUAUAUCUGGAGCAUCUUGUAAGAGGAGAGAUCAACUUAGAAAGAUUCAACAUGAUAAGAUAAUUGCUGAAUUGGAAAGUGGAGAAAUUACUAGUGGAAAAGGAAAAAAUCAAGAAACUAAUUUAGCAAGACCUGGAGAUACUCGUUGGGGAUCACACUACUUAACAUUACUUCGUUUAUGCUCUAUGUGGUCUUCAGUGAUAGAAGUGUUAGGAAAUGUACAUGAUGAUGCCUCUUAUUCUGCGAACAAAGGUGUUGCUGCAGGUUUAAUUGAGAAGAUGGAGAGUUAUCAAUUUGUUUUUGUGUUACAUUUGAUGAAGUAUAUAUUGGGAAUUACAAAUGAGUUAUCACUUUCCCUACAACAAGGGGAUCAAAAUAUUGUUCAAGCCAUGUCCUUGGACAACAUGCUAACUUGUGGUCAUGGCAGGCGUAGAGGGCAACUCAUCACCAAUUUUCAUCAUUAUCGUGUGGAGAUUUUUUGUCAGAAAUUGGUUGAGACUGAAAAACAUUUGGUGUUCCCAUUGGUUUAUCGUAUGAUAGAGUUGGCAUUAGUUUUACCAGCUGCAACUGCUUCGGUUGAACGAGUUUUUUCUGCAAUGAAGACUGUGAAGACUGAUUUACGCAAUAAAAUGGGAGAUGAAUGGAUGAAUGACAGUCUAGUUGUAUAUAUUGAAAAGGAUAUUUUUUCUACAAUUGAAAAUGAGCAAAUAUUACAACAUUUUCAACGAAUGCAGUCUCGUAGAAUCCAAUUAUCUCCUUUUGUACCGACUCGUCAGCCGUCGCAGACUUCUGUGCCAACCCAGAAAUGA